AUGCCGCAAACGCCGCGGCCAACGGCACACGCGCUUGCAAAGGAUAUUGCCGCGACGGAUGCUGCGGCGAAGGAUGCAGUAGAAGACACUGUGGACAUUGCAGACGUAAAAGUCGAGCAGGUGACACAAAAGUCGAACGAUGCGCCGCGUGAGCAAAGCCGCGCGCCCGCGCAGUUCCUUGACCAGGCAGACGAGCCAACGCCACAGCGUAUUGCACUUCCCACUGAGGCGACGCUGAACGCAGCAGCACCCGUGCCAGCAUCCAUCCAAGUGCCGACAGCAGAAAAAAUGCGCAUGGUACCUGGAGAAACAGACGCCACGCUCUUUUCCGAAUACGACGCUGCGGAAGCGUCGCGCGGCGCGCCACUGCGCGCUGCACGCGUCCCGUCGUCGCGCAUCGGCCGCCUACUUCACUACGGCAGUCUUGGUGCGGGCCUUGCUAUGGGCUCCGCUAGCGCCUACGUACGCCGCGCAGCAGGCGCAGCCGACACAGAGCAAGUUUUCCUAUCCGCCGCGAACGUGAACCGCUUGGUCGACAAGCUCAGCACGAUGCGUGGUGCGGCGCUGAAACUUGGCCAGUUUCUAAGCAUCCAAGACAGCACGAUGCUCCCGCCCCAAGUAGAAGAAGUGCUCCUACGUGUCCAGAACAGCGCCCAUUACAUGCCUGCAUGGCAAUUGCAUCGCGUACUGCAGCAGGAGUUGGGCGAAGACUGGCGCGCUAACUUUGCGUCUUUUGACGAGCGUCCUUUUGCAGCAGCGUCAAUUGGGCAAGUGCACAGCGCCGUGCUUGCCGAUCCUUUUCCCAGCAUGCCGGAGCUUGCAGGCCAGCGAGUGGCAGUCAAGGUGCAGUUUCCUGGGAUUGCAGAGUCGAUCAGCUCUGAUCUGUCCAACAUAAAGUGGCUCUUUAUGGCCUCGUCCUUGCUUCCCAAAGGUCUCUUUUUGGAAAGCUCUGUGCGCGUCCUCCAAAAAGAGCUCGAGGAAGAGUGCGACUACACGCGCGAGGCCGAGAUGGGCCGCCGGUUCCGCGCGUACACAGCAGCCAUCAAACGCGACCCUGCGCGACUUGCGCUCGACGCGCCGCGCGUCGUCGAUGCAUUGUCCACGCCGCGCGUUCUCACCACUGAAUUCAUGCGCGGCAAGCCCCUUUCUCUGGUAGGCGAUCUCGACCAAGAACAGCGCGACAAGAUUGCGCAGACCGUCAUGGAGCUCAGUUUGCGCGAGCUGUUUCAGUGGCGCCUGAUGCAGACGGACCCCAACUGGUCCAACUUUCUGUACAAUGCGUCUCGCGGGACGAUUGAGCUGAUUGAUUUCGGCGCGACGCGCACGUAUACCCACGACUUUAUGGAUAUGUGGCUCUGCCUCUUGCGCGCCGCUGUUUCGGGCGACCGGAAAGCGUGCGAGCAGUGGAGUGUCGCGAUUGGGUACCUCACUGGAGACGAGCCGCAGAGCAUGAUCAAUGCACACGUCGAGUCUAUGCUGGCGCUCGGCGAGCCAUUCAGCCAGAACGCGCCUGUGCCGUACCCAUUCGCGAACCAGACCAUCACGGAUCGCGUCCGCGCACAAGUGCCGGUGAUGCUGCGCGAGCGGCACAAGCCGCCGCCACAGGAAACCUACUCACUCAAUCGCAAGCUCAGCGGCGCGUUCCUCUUGUGUGCUCGUCUCUGUGCGAAUGUGGACUGCCGCAAUUUGUUUGGGCAUGUGACGAAGGACUAUGUAUUUGCGACAGGAAGCACGGCACCGCCCCCUCUUCCAGGCAAGGUACAUGUGCGUUCGCUGCAUACGACGCCGUUGCGUCGCGAAUUGCAUACUACGGCACGGCACUGGAAAGGCGCGCCGCAGUAUCCUUAUACUGCGGUGGAUCUACGCGAGCGCUGGGGACAUUUGCGCCGUCCGUGGGAGCCGCGGAAAGCGGAGCUGGAGCAAAAAGACAGCGAGGGCGCUUCUAUCGAUGCACACGGACCGAUUGUGCAGCCUGACCACAUUAGUGUCCGCGGAAUCAAAGUACCUCACCGCCCGACACCGCCGGGCGAAGAGGAUUGCUGCAUGUCGGGUUGCGUAAACUGUGUGUAUAAUCUGUACGCGGAUGAUUUGGCCGAGUACAAGGAGGAGAUGGUGGGCGUGCGCGAAAAGCUAUUCAACUUGGAUCCGCCGCUGCAGCGCAGUGAGUGGGACACUUCAUUGGGCCGAUUCCCGCUGGACACCGAAGCGGGUGCAGACAAAGAGUCGGGCAUAAAGGAUUCGAGCAUGGCCGCGUUUUUGGCACUGGAAAAGAAGCUGACCAAGCUAUAG